AUAUAUAUUUAAUACUUAUUCCUGUAUUUAUUGAUAAAUUCAUUUAUUAAUUUCCACAUUUAUUUACACAUUUGUUUUUUCUGUAUUUCUUUAUUGCUGUACUGAUUUAUUCCCAUAUUUAUCAUACUCAUCUGAGAAGUGUUUCUUGACUCAGAUCAGUGGAGAUUAAUUACAUUUUAUUAAUGCUGUCGGCAGCAUUGAAAGAUGACAUUUAAAAAAUUGGACUGUACAAAAAUAAUCAAAGAAAGUGAGAAAUGAAUCAGGUAAUUGAACAUUUUUAUAGUAUCUUUAUAGAUUUUAUUAUUAUUAUGUAUUUCAUUCAUGUUUUAGACAGUGACUGACUAUUUAAAAGAAUAAAAAAACGUGUUUGUCUGGACACAUACAGCAUAUUAAAAUAACAAAUUACACUCUUUUUUUACCAUUUAUCUGUGAACACAGGGAAAUGUAAAGGUGGCAAGGGCCCACUCUCUCUACCGGCCCCUCCACCCCAGGGGCCCCGGUGCAAUCACACUGCCUGCACUGUCUAUAUUUACGCCCCUGGCUGACAGGUAUCUGAACAAGAUGAUGACGUGCCUGAGGUUGAGGGUUCGAGCCCCACUGAUGCAGAACAAAGGUGUCACUGCUCACUCAGACGCUGUGGUGUGAUGUGUGUGUUAGAGACACGUGGUUUCUAAGGUAUUCAUACUUUAACAAGUUAUAACAAGUUAGUUAUGAUCCGGGCAGUUCGUGUUGUCUUCCUCCUCCUCCUCCUCCUCCUCAGUGUACCCUGCCUCAGCAGCUGUCCUGUCUGUGCUGCAGCAGGAGCUCAGAGUUUAUUAUAAAGUUUAUUCUUAUUCAAAUGUCACAGAUACGGUGCUGUACCUGCGCGGAGGUGAUUCUCCCACAUUACUAACAUGUAUGAUCAACAGGUGAGCAUGUUGUAAGUUCACCUUUGUCCUGCUGCAGUUCAUGAUCUGUUAUCAAAGUCCACACUUGUUCUCAGAGGCUGGAUCUGUAUACCUCGCGGUGCCACUGCAAACAAAGAGCCAUUAUUUCCACCCUGCGGCCCCGCACAGCGCACACUGACGCGGCCCGGAGCUGACGCGCUUCUCUCGGCUCCUGCACACAGACUGCGCCGGUAACAUGUUCCGAAACACGCUGCUGACUGGACUGAGACUGAACCGACGGCAUCAUGACGGGAUUCACAGAGUCACAGCCAGACUGAGUGUGAAGAUACAUGGAGACAUCCACCGCCGAGACGCAUCCACCUCCUCCUCCUCCUCCUCCUCCACCACCGUGAUGGCUGACAGACUGAAGACUAUAGAUGAUUUAGGCGGCCCGAGUCUCCUGACCACCCUCAACUGGCUCUUUGUCAAAGGCUAUUUCCAAACGACGCAACAGAUGCAGAUCGAGCACAGCAGGAUGUACGGCCCUCUGUGGAAGUCAAAGUAUGGCCCUUUGGUCGUGGUGAACGUGGCCAGCGCCGAGCUGAUAGAGCAGGUGCUGAGGCAGGAGGGGAGACUCCCGGUCCGGACAGACAUGCCCCACUGGAGGGGCUACAGAGAGCUCAGGAACAAGGCCCACGGCCCCCUGACUGAAAUGGGGGCCAACUGGCAGCGCAUCCGCAGCAUCCUGAACCCUCGGAUGUUGAAACCCAAACAUGUCUCGUCCUACUCCAACACCAUCAACGAUGUGGUGACAGACUUCAUCGCCAGACUGGCCUGGCUGAGGGAGACCAGCGGCGGCGGAGUGAUGGUCAACAACCUGACGGAAGAACUCUACAAAUUUGCUUUUGAAGGGAUCUGCUCCGUGCUGUUUGAGACUCGUAUGGGCUGCAUGAAUGAGGUCGUGCCCGAGGAAACCCAGAAGUUCAUCUUCUCCGUGGGGGAAAUGUUCCGCCUCUCCCCCAUCAUCGUCCUCUUCCCCAAGUCCGUCUGGCCCUACAUGCCUUUCUGGAAGAAGUUUGUGGCGGUCUGGGAUCAUCUCUUCAAAGUUGCUGAAGAUCUUGUGCAGAAGAAAAUGGAGGAGAUCCAGGAGAGGGUGCACCUGGACCAGAACGUGGAGGGAGCGUACCUCACACACCUGCUGCUCAGCGAUCAGAUGACGGUCACUGAGAUCCUGGGGAGCAUGACCGAACUCCUGCUUGCAGGAGUUGACACAACCUUCAACACCAUCUCGUGGGCUCUGUACAACUUGGCGAAGGAGCCAGAGAUCCAGGAACAGUUAUACCAGGAGGUGAUCAGUGUGUGUCCGGGGGACAAGGUGCCAAACAGCGAUGACAUCGCUCAGAUGCAGUACCUGAAGGCCAUCAUCAGAGAGACACUACGGUUGUAUCCAGUGGUUCCAGGAAACGCCCGCGUCACUGUCGAAAAUGAGAUCGUGGUUGGAGAUCAUCUCUUCCCCAAAAAAACGCUGUUCCACCUGUGCCACUACGCCGUGUCCUAUGAUGGGAGCAUCUUCCCCAACCCCCACGCCUUCCUGCCUCAGCGCUGGCUCCGAGGAUCCGAGGAGAAGUCCAGGCAGCACCCGUUUGGGUCGGUGCCGUUUGGUUUUGGGAUCCGGGCGUGUCUGGGCAGACGGGUGGCUGAGCUGGAGAUGUAUCUCCUCCUGUCCAGGGUGAUAAAACACUACGAGGUGAGGCCGGAUCCUGCAGGAACCAUCGUCGAGCCGAUCACCAGAACCCUGCUUUGUCCCGCUAAACCGAUCAACCUGCAGUUCCUGGACAGACGAGCUGAGCGGGAUCAGCUGAGAGUUUCUGUGUGAGCUGGUUUAGUAUUCACACUGCGUCCCCCGCCUGUCACAGGGCACUUGUUUAGAGAGCGUUCACACGAUGAGGACCGACCGGCUGGAAUGCACCUUAAACUGUGGCUUCACAGACAUGACCUGAA